GUCUCCCUCGUCGUGCAGUUUUAUUUUUGAUUUUUGUACGUGGGUAUUGGUCGAAAAAUUAUUUGUUAACAAAAUUAAUGAGAUUUAUGAAUGUGUAUUAAGAUAUACAUAUAAUCACAGCAAGUUGACUGAUUAAAAUACGAAUACUGUUUGUGGAACUGCAGAAAUGAUUGGUUUCUGAAAUGGGGAAAGUAAGAGAACUUAAUUCAACGGAGAGUGUGAAAUUGCAAUCGCUUAAAUGAUAUAAAAGAUUUAUAAGUGAAAAGGAAUACAAUAAAUAAAAUAAUUGUUGUGUUUUGACGCGCGUUUCAAACAUAGAUAACAUAUAUAAGAGGCGUCCCAUUUAUAUCUUGAUCUUAUUUUCGGUGUUGCGAUAAAUUCGGUAUUAAAAGGUCUCUGGGGCCAGUCCAGACUCCGCAUGAUCCGCAUGAUUUAAACAUAACAUUAAAAUUAACUGGUGAAUUCUGCUCGCAUAAAAUAUUUCAUGACUAUAACAUUAAUGUUUUUGGAAUCGUGUUCCGUGCAAAUUAAAAAUAGUACGUACAUAGCAGAAUAUACAUCAGAAAAAUCUUCUGGACUAUAAUUGCAACGAUCCAACUUUAAAGAGGAAAAAUCAUAACAUUCUGGCCGCCUCAAACGGAAAAUUUAAGAAAUUUUUCGGUGAUAUGGAUGAGGAAGAGGAAGAAGUAACUGAUAUCAAAUUACAAAUUUUUCAUAAUAAUCUUCGAGAAAAUAUUAUAUUUUUGCUGCUUCUGAUGUUGCUUUAUCUUGCCUCCUAUGCGUUGAUAUCACGUUUUCGCCGGAAAGAUCGUGAAGAUCUAUAUUCUACGGAUGAAGAUGAAGUUCUGGUCUAUCGCAUUAGCUCUUGGCUGUGUACAUUUUCAAUGGCGAUCGCUGUUGGCGCCGCUCUCUUGCUACCGAUUUCGAUAGCUAGUAAUGAGGUUUUGUUGCUGUACCCUAACAGCUAUUAUGUAAAAUGGUUAAAUAGCUCUUUGAUACAAGGUCUUUGGAAUCAUGUAUUUUUAUUCUCCAAUCUCUCUUUAUUUGUAUUUCUGCCAUUCGCGUAUCUCUUUACUGAAUCUACAGGAUUCGUUGGGCAUAAAAAGGGUAUAAUUGCGCGCGCCUACGAAACAUUUACAGUAUUUAGCCUCUUGGCCACGGUGGUUUUAGGUAUUACAUAUGUGCUGUCCGCUGUUAUGGAUCCAGAUAAAAUUGGAUUUCUGUCACUGCUAAAUUUAGGCAGUGUGCAUUUACCAUUUUUAUAUUCGUGUGUUUCAUUUUUGGGAGUACUAUUAUUACUCGUUUGCACACCACUUGGUUUCGUUCGACUCUUUGGAGUUGUGGGACAAGUCCUUGUGAAACCACAUUUACUUCGCGACGUAAAUGAGGAAUAUCAAGUGUUUUACAUGGAAAUCGCCAGCUUGAAGCGCAAAAUAGAAAACAUCGAACUCCUAAAUAUUAAUAUCAGCGGCAAUGGCGUCUCCGGCGGGUCUGGAGUCAUUAAUAGUAUACACCACAAUUUACACAACGAUCAUAACAGUAGUUAUAUAAAUGGCGGAGGAUAUUAUCAUAAUACAUCGUUGCGGCAUCUAUAUCAACGAAAACCUUUGGAAAAUCACCUAAAUGAGCAACAGAAGCUCAAACAAAGACUGAGAGAAUUGGAGUCUGAAAGUAGAGAGUUGGAGAAGCUGCGCAAAUCGUCUGCGUUUCAACGAAAUUUCGUAUAUCCUCUGGCAAUGUUGCUGUUGCUUUUUUUUACCGGUAUAACGGUUUUGCUGGUAGUGCAAAAUACACUAGAGUUGCUAAUUGGAAUCAAAGCAUUGCCGUUAAGCACAAGGCAAUUUACACUUGGGAUCACAUCUCUAUCGAAGCUGGGGCCAUUUGGAGCAGGUUUAGAAGUAUGCCUAAUAUUCUAUUUAGGUGCCACUUCUGUUGUUGGUUUUUACACCAUGCCCUUUAUGCGCAACGUUUGUCCACAAAAAAGAAAGACUUCACUAGCACAAUUAAUUCUCAAUUGUGCGCUAGUUUUAAUUUUGAGUUCAGCAUUGCCGCUACUCAGUAGAAUUAUUGGCAUUACAAAUUUCGAUCUCCUGGGGGAUUUUGGUGCCAUCGAAUGGCUUGGCAAUUUUCAAAUUGUUUUACUUUAUAAUUUGAUUUUUGGCACCACGACAGCGCUCUGCUUAGUGAAUAAAUUUACAGCAGCUGUGCGUCAGGAGUUGUGUGCACGGUUAGUAGAGAACUAUGUGCUCUUCACUAAUUAUAUGUCAUUCAUCAAUUGAUAUACAUAUAUAAGCAACUGAAAGAGACGUCAUAAAAGUUCUGCCAAUGAAAUAAAUAACUUUGUUUUAUAUUUGGCAGAGCAUUUGUGCCGGUGUUACUAACCAAACUGUAAAUUAUUAUUCUGCAACGGCUGGCAGGAUAUGACACUGGAAAUUUCUCUUGCUUCUAAGUUUACGUUUCAUUUACAAUCAUUUAAGUUCAUAUCUUACAUUAUAAUUUAAUCCUUUUAUUUAUUUUCAUUCCAUUGCUAUACGAAUAAUAUGUGAAGGUAGGAAACGAAAUUAAAUUAUAAGGAAUUAAAAUGGAAAUGCGGCAAUGAAUUUGUUUUACGGAUAUGACAGUUACUUUAGCUUUUAUAUAUCUAUAUUAGUUUGAAACAAUUUCCAUGCACAGACGAAUUUCAAAGUCGUUUUUUUUAUAAAAUUUAUUU